CACCGAGAAAACACAAACAUCCAACUUCAACAGCAUACACCCCCAUUACCCCCUUAAAAGUCCAUCAAAAUGCUCAUCAAAGAAUUCCGCGUUCCAAUGCCCGUCUCCCUCGACGAGUACCAAGUAGCCCAACUCUACGCCGUCGCCGAAGCAUCCAAAUCCGAAACCGGGGGCGGAGAAGGCAUCGAAGUCCUCGCCAACGAGCCCUACGAGAAUGAUAGUGGGAAGGGACAAUAUACGAAGAAAGUCAUUCACCUGAAGAGUAAGAUUCCGAGUUGGUUUCGGGCUUUUUUGCCGGCGGGGGCGACGGAGGUGUAUGAGGAAGCUUGGAAUGCGUAUCCAUACUGCAGAACAGUCCUCACGAACGGCUACAUGAAGAAGAACUUCACCCUCGAAUGUAUCACAAUCCACGCACCAAACGACACCGGAACCCAAGAAAACAUCCACAACCUCUCCGCCAAAGAUCUUAAAAUCCGGGAAGUCAUCCCUGUCGAUAUCCUCACCGACACCGUCCCCGCCAAGGACUAUAAGCCAGAGGAAGACCCCGCCCUCUUCCACUCUACCAAAACCGGUCGUGGACCCCUGAAAGAGGGAUGGCAACAAACCGCCGACCCAGUCAUGUGCGCAUACAAGCUCUUCAAAAUCGAGUUUAAGUGGAUGGGACUCCAAACGAAGGUGGAGAGUUUCAUUGGAGGGACGUUGAAGGGGUUACAGAUCAAAUUCCAUAAACAGCUGUUUUGUUGGAUUGAUAAGUGGUAUGGGAUGACGAUGGAGGAGAUUAGGAAGAUGGAGGCGCUGACGAAGGCGGAUCUGGAUGCAAAGAGGGCCGCGGCUGCAGCGCCGGAGGUUACAGAAGCUUGAAGGGAUGGUGUGUGCAAGGACAGCUAUUGGCCUAUCCUCGGGGCGUUCAUUUUGCAGUGGCUUGCUGAGAGAAACCCGAUACAGAGUAGGAUCUUGAAGAUAAUUCUGAGCAAUACGUGUAGAGGAAGGACGUUACUUGGAGAACUAUAAAGAUGCCAGGGGCGUGAUACGAGAAAGAGCAAGGACCUCAUACAGGCUUUCCAUAAUGCAAUGAAUUCACAAUACAACUACACUUCUAUAAUGUGAAACAUGCUUAACCC